AGCAGCUGAAAGACGUCGCUCGCGCUGCUGUGCUCGGGCUCACGCGAACGAGGAGAAGAGAGAGAGAGGGAGAGAGGGGGAGAGAGAGAGGAGGAAAAAAAACAGAGGGGGUCUCGAGAAGGAGAGGCGACCGAAAAAAAACUUGGACAGGGCUGAUAAGGAAAGCGAGAGAUGCAGUGAAGGAGGAGUGACACGCCUCAGGUCAAAGGUUAACGCUCACCAGGAAGUGGAGGUGCAGGAUGCAGUCUCGCGCGCAGGAGCAGCCGUUGGCACUCGCCGCGGUGAAGUCACACUGUCCGACCAAUGGGAAAGAAGAGGAGGUGAACACAGAUGCAGAUUCCAUGGACGAGGAGGCGGAGUUUAACUGGGAGGAGUACAUGGAGGAGACGGGGGCCAACGCCGCCCCUCACACCACCUUCAAACAUGUGGAGAUCAGCCUGCAGAGCAGCUUCCAGCCCGGUAUGAAGCUGGAAGUGGCCAAUAAGAGCAGCCCGGACUCGUACUGGGUGGCCACCAUCAUCACCACAUGUGGCCAGCUGCUGCUGCUGCGCUUCAGCGGCUACGGCGAGGACCGCAAGGCCGACUUCUGGUGUGACGUCAUGACGGCCGAGCUGCACCCGGUGGGCUGGUGCACCCAGAACAACAAGACCCUCAUGCCCCCCGAAGAUAACGUUUACCUAAGAAAAGCCAUCAAGGAGAAAUACAGCGACUGGACGGAGUUCCUCGUUCAGGACCUGACCGGCUCCAGGACGGCGCCGGCCAACCUGCUGGAGGGGCCUCUCAGAGGUAAGAACACGGUGGAUCUGGUCGUCGACGGCUCGGUCUUGGAGCUUCAGGACGUCUCGGACCCGUUCCUGUACUGGCCUGUCCGGGUCGUCCAGAACGUGGGAGGGAGGCUGCGUCUACGCUAUGCCGGCCUCUCCGACGACCACCAGGCUCAGGACACCUGGCUGUUCUACCUGGACGUCAGGCUCCGCCCGCUCGGGUGGGCUCUGGAGAACCGUCUCGACUUAGAGCCGCCCACAGGGCUCCGGUCUCUGAAGAGCGCCCCCGACUGGCAGCAGGCUCUGGAGGACGCCCGACUCGACGGCCAGAAGAGCCCGCUGCCGCUUGAGGUGUUCAAGGACCACGUAGACCUGCCUAAGCACUCCUACACUGCGGGGAUGAAGCUGGAGAUGGUUUCUCCGUGGGAGCAGCUCCAGAUCUGCCCCGUUUCUGUCGCCAAGGUCUACAAUGAGAUCUACUUCCAGGUAGCGCUGGAUGAGCUCUCCGUCGACACUAAGCCGCGGUUUGUGGUGUGUCACGCCAGCUCGCCCGGCAUCCUGCCCGUGCAGUGGUGCCUGAAGAACGGCGUGGGUCUGGAGCGGCCCCGGGGCUACGAGGGCCAGGACUUCGACUGGGCCGACUACCUGAAGCACAGCGGGACAGAGGCGGCCCCUGACGCCUGCUUCCCUGAUACAUGGCAGAACAGAGGCUUUGCCAAGGACAUGUGGCUGGAGGCGGUGAACCCUCGCCGGCCAGCGGAGGUGUGUGUGGCUCAGAUCACACAGGUCAGAGGACGCCUGCUGUGGCUCCGACUGGAAGGUGUGGCGAAGCCCCUGUCAGAGUGUAUCGUGGACGUCGAGUCCAUGGACAUCUUCCCUGUCGGCUGGUGCGAGGCUAACACUUACCCUCUGACCCCUCCACUCAAACCUGUCUGCCAGAAGCAGAAGAAGAUAGCGGUGGUCCAGCCAGAGAAACAGUUGGCUCCGUCCCAGCCGGUAGAGACGACUCCCGUCUACCACUGCCAGCCCGUCACCACAGAUCCAGGCUCAGCCAAUGGCAGAUACUGCUGCUCCAAGAUCUUUGUCAACCACCGCUGUUUCUCAGGACCGUACCUCAACAAGGGUCGCAUCGCAGAGCUGCCGCAGGCCGUCGGACCCGGGAAAUGCACGCUGGUCCUCAAAGAGCUGCUGAGCAUGCUGAUCAACGCCGCCUACAAGCCGGGACGAGUCCUGAAGGAGCUGCAGGAGCUGGAGGAUCAGAGCUGGGACUGCCAAGAGGAGACCCUCAAAGCCAAAUAUAAAGGGAAAACGUAUCGCUCCACCAUCCGGAUAGUCCGCCUCGCAGACCAGAUCCCAGACUUCUGCCGUAAGGUGUGCGUGAAGCUGCAGUGCUGCCCGAACCUCUUCAGCCCCGUCCUCGUCACCGACAAGUGCCCGGAGAACUGCUCCCUUCAGACGAAAACCAAAUACACCUAUUACUAUGGGAAGAAGAGGAAGCUGUCCAAGCCGAUGGGAGGAGAGGAGACAGCGGAGGGAGAGCUGGCCAAGCCGACGCGCCGCAGGAAGAAGAGGAAAGCUAUCUUUGUGCAGAAGAAGAGACGCUCGUCCACCGUGGACUUCACUCCUGCCGGCUCACCGCAGGACAGCGACGAGGGGGAGGAGGAUGAAGAGAUGGCGAUGCAGUCGGGCAGUGAGGGCACCAGCUCGGAGCCGCGCGAGGACCACACCGACGCGUCCUCGGUGGAGGUGACCAGCAGCAGACCUCGCCGGGCCGCGACGCUGCGCAGGGCCUUCAGCGCCGGCAACGCGAUGGCCGUCCAGGAGGCCCCCGAGAGCCGCAGGAGGUCAACUCGCUCGCUGUCGGCCUACAACCAGAACAACAAGUAUCAGCCGUCCAAAGGACAAGACAUGCAGGUGCAGACAGAGAGACGACACACUGAUGGAGGUUCAGCCCUCACGGUGGUGGAGGAGGAGGGUCAGCUGGUUUUGGACAGAAAUCCUCUGGAGUGGAGCGUCGACGAAGUUGUGCAGUUUAUCAACUCUACUGACUGUGCAUCCCUGGCCAACAUCUUCCAGGAGCAGGACAUCGACGGUCAGGCCCUGCUGCUGCUAACGCUGCCCACCGUACAGGAGUGUAUGGACCUGAAGCUCGGCCCCGCCAUCAAACUGUGUCACCAGAUAGAGCGCGUCAAGGUUGCCUUUUACAGACAGUACGCCAACUGAUCCAGGAGCAGCAACAGCGAGUCCCCCGCCUGAGCAACUCCAGUGGAAGGAAAUGUGGUCGUGCACGACUGGGAAGUGUUGGAUUAGGCGCCUCCUGCUGGAAAACUUUGGAUGUUUUGGGAACGUGUUAUUGCGGAUUUCCAACUUGCAAGGUGGAGUGGCUGUCCUGGGAAGACAAACUCAGCCACAACAGGAGAACAUGAGGAUUAAUUUCUGGGAUACUUUCUGUGUGAAAAUGUGAUGCCACAAAAACUCUCCCACAUCGUCGACUCGGGCAGAACCAAUCACCUCAGAGUCGAUCCAUGUGCUUUACUGAUCUGUGAAGAAGUUAUUUUGAGAAGCUGAGGACUCGUUUCUGAGGUUGAGGACAUUUGUGUUUAUUUCUUGCUUUUCAUUUCCAUAUUAUUUGUGAUAAGAGGAGCAUUAUAUCAAUUAAGUUAAAAAUAAUUAUUGACCAUAAAGAGUUCGCCCCUCCUUUUUUCUGUGACAUGAUUGGUUCUGAAAAGGUAUAUUUGAAAAGUAUUUAACAAACCAAGUAAUAAUAUAUUUGGAAUAUUUAUUGUUAUCCUAAUUUAUAAGGAGUAUCUAUUUGGACAUAGAGAAAAGAGCUGAACACAUUAACUCCUUUUCUACUGAAACAAACCCAGAAAAGAUGUUUGAGUUAUUUAAAGAAACAGAAACCAGGAUCUGCAUUGGUUUAGAUUUACACUUCACUUGGUGUUUCCAGAGAAAAAAGGUGUCCCACCUGUUGUUGGAGAAGAUAACUCUCAUAAUAACCCUCUGAAAUACUUUGAACCCAGUUGUGCUCACAAUCACAUGAAACAAUCAUUUAAGCUAUUUUGUGUCCCAUCUAUGCAAAUGUGUUGCGAAUAUUUUUGAUAAGUAAGAAAAUAAAUUUCUAUUGAUUUUUAUCUGUU